UUCCCGGCAUCCCCUGCUUCAGGGCCCCCCGUUUCCCCUCCCCCCGAAGCCGCAGGUGCCAUGGUGGGCUCCCACCUGGACGUGGCUCCAGCUCCACCCACCGAGGGGCCCGGAGAGCAGGCGCCCCCCCCUCCCGGCCCGCCGCAGGCGCCGGCGCAGUAUGAGUGUGGGGAAUGCGGCAAGUCCUUCAAAUGGUCAUCCCGCCUGCUCCACCAUCAGCGGACACACACAGGAGAGCGGCCCUACAAGUGCCCGGACUGCCCCAAGGCCUUCAAGGGCUCCUCGGCCCUACUCUACCAUCAGCGAGGCCACACGGGUGAGCGGCCGUACCCCUGCCCAGACUGCGGCAAGGCCUUCAAGCGCUCGUCCCUGCUGCAGAUUCACCGCAGCGUGCACACGGGCCUGCGCGCCUUCACCUGCGCCCAGUGCGGCCUGGCUUUCAAGUGGUCCUCCCACUACCAGUACCACCUGCGCCAGCACACGGGAGAACGGCCUUACCCGUGCCCGGACUGCCCCAAGGCCUUCAAGAACUCGUCCAGCCUCCGCAGACACCGCCAUGUGCACACGGGUGAGCGGCCGUACCCCUGCGGGGUGUGCGGCAAAAGCUUCACCCAGAGCACCAACCUGCGGCAGCACCAGCGGGUGCACACGGGUGAGCGGCCCUUCCGCUGCCCUGCCUGCCCCAAGACCUUCACCCACUCCUCCAACCUGCUCCUCCACCAGCGCACCCACGGGCCAGCCCCGGCCUCGGCCUCCACGCACCGCUGUGAGCCCUGCGGCAAGGUCUUUGCCUCUGAUGCCUACCUGCAGCGCCACCUGGAGACACACGCUGCGGAGGCUCCACCUCUCCCUCCGCCGCCCCCUCCCCCUGUGGUCCCUGAGCUCUUCCUGGCUGCGGCAGAGACCACGGUGGAGCUGGUCUAUCGCUGUGGGGGCUGCGAGCUGGCCUUCGCCAGUGAGACCCUGCUCCUGGAGCACCAGCCCUGCCCCGGGCCUGGGGUGGAGGCUGCUGCUGCCCAGCCUGCAACCUUUACCUGCUCUCCCUGCGGCAAAGCCUUUAAGACGGCAGCCGGCCUGUCUCGUCACCAGCAGAGCCAUGGCACGGCCGGGCCGCCGGCCUACCGCUGUGGCGGCUGUGACCGAGCCUUCCCCCAGCUGGCCAGCCUCCUGGCCCACCAGCGGUCCCACGCUGAAGAGGCAGCGGCAGGGCGCCCGCUGCCGCAGGCCGAGGCUGCUGAGGUCACCUGUCCCCAGGAGGCUCCAGCCCCAGGUCCAGCCCCGGCACCAGCAGGCGACCGGCCCUACAAAUGUGCUGAGUGUGGCAAGGCCUUCAAGGGAUCCUCCGGCCUGCGCUAUCACAUGCGUGACCACACCGGGGAGCGGCCCUACCCUUGCGGGGAGUGUGGCAAGGCCUUCAAGCGCUCUUCACUGCUGGCCAUCCAUCAGCGUGUGCACACGGGCCUGCGCGCCUUCACCUGCGCCCAGUGCGGCCUAACGUUCAAGUGGUCCUCCCACUACCAGUACCACCUGCGCCUGCACUCUGGGGAGCGGCCCUACCCCUGCGGGGAGUGUGGCAAGGCCUUCCGCAACACAUCGUGCUUGCGCCGCCACCGCCACGUGCACACGGGGGAGCGGCCUCACUCCUGCAGCGUCUGUGGCAAGAGCUUUGCGCAGACCUCCAACUUGCGGCAGCACCAGCGAGUGCACACCGGGGAGCGGCCCUUUCGCUGUCCGCUAUGCCCCAAGACCUUCACUCAUUCCUCCAACCUGCUCCUCCACCAGCGCACCCACUCAGCUGAGCGGCCCUUCACCUGCACCAUCUGUGGCCGUGGUUUUGUGAUGGCUGCUUACCUCCAGCGCCACCUCCGGACGCAUGCCCCGGCCCCAGUCACGACCACGGCCACAGCCCCCACGGCCACGGCCCCUGCUGCCACCCAGGACGUGCACGUGGUACCCCACCUUCAGGCUACGCUGUCGCUAGAAGCAGGACCCAGCCCGGCCAACUCACAGACUUUCCUCCUUGUUCAGACAGCCCAGGGCCUCCAACUCAUCCCCAGCAGUGUCCAGCCCCCCAGACCCACACCUCCUCCACCCCCAGCCACGCCCAAGGUCAUCCUGCUGCCAGCCUCUGGGGCUAGGGCCCGAAAGGGCCCAAGGAAUGGUGGGAGGGAGGGCCAAGGGCCUGGGAUGGUCUGGCUCCCAGGGCCUGGGGCCGUUGGGGGACAGGGAGGUGGGGGCAGCAUUGCUGGAGGUGGGGGGCAAAGCCUCAUUGUCUUACAGAGUGUGGCCAGUGGAGAGAUGGGGCAACAGGAAACAAGUGGAGUUCGACUACAGUCUCUCCGGCCUGCACAGGAAGUGACCACGGUCCAGCUACAGCCUGCGCAGGAAGUAGCCACAGUCCAACUACAGCCCACACAGGAAGUGACCACGGUCCAACUGCAGCCCACACAGGAAGUGACCACGGUCCAACUACAGCCCCUCCAGCCUGCACAGGAACCAGUGGCCAGCCCACUGGCCAGCCCUGGGGGGUCUGGUGGGCCAGCAGAGGCUCAAAAUCUGCUUGUGGUGCAGGGUGGGGCUGGUGAGGAGCUGCUAACAGCCCCUGGGCCAGGAGGAGAAGCCAGCUCAGGUGAUGGGGGUGGGGGCAGCAGUGGAACUGUGGUUCAGGAUGUGCAUUUUGAGACAUUACAGACCGCAGAGGGCCUGCAGAGUGUCCUGGUACUGAGUGGGGCUGAUGGUGAGCAGACCAGGCUUUGUGUGCAGGGAGUGGAGACCCUCCCUCCAGGCCUGGCUGAGUCAACUGCCCCAGGCCCACAGGCUCAGAAACUUCUCAUUAUCCGAAGUGCCCCAGCAGCCCCUUCGGACCUGGCAGAGAAUGUGCCAGGGGCUGCCCUCCAGCUGCUGGCUGCCCCUCCCAGCCCAGCCCCCAUGCCUACCGGGGCUCCCACUGGGACUAACCCACAGGUGGUCCAGGUUGUCCCUGGGGCAGCAGCGGGGCCCACUAGUGGGGCUGCCCAGCCAGGGCUGCCUUCUAUUCACAUAGUACAAGCCCUGCCUGCAGUGCAGCUGGUGCACACCUUCUGAGGGAGGCCUGAGGGACUGGCCUCUCCUCCUCAGCCUCAGCUGGGGCCAGUGUACCAAUAAUGAAACUCAUCUCCUCUCCCUCCUCUUCUUCAUUGGGAAGGGGCAGAGGGCUUGUGGUGAACGGGAGAUCCCGCAGAAGCAGCCUCACACGCCAGUCCAGUCUUAGCAGCGUUUAUUAAUGCCCAUUACGUGGCCCCUGCCAGCCUUUCCCUUGCCUGGGGCCCACCCUGGCCAAGCUCUUCCCUUCCAGGGGAUUCGGGGGCCUCCGUUUCCCACUCUGUAAAAUAAAGAGCUAAAUGUC